AUGAGUGAGCGCCUCUGUACCUUAUAUAUACAAUCCAACAGAGAGAUGCAAAUACUGAGACGUUCUGCCAGAAUGAGGAACCUGACGGUUCUGCUGUUUGUGCUCUCGCUCUGCUCUUUUCACCUGGUGUUCAGUGCUCCUAUUGCUUUUCAGUUCAAAGACACAUGCUGUUCAGCGUUAACGAAAUUCAAGAUCCCUCUGAACAACAUUGUCUCCUACAGGAAGACUGGCAGCAGCUGCCCCCUAAAAGCUUUUAUCUUCGAGACCAAGGCCUUGAGGAGGUUCUGCGUGGAUCCUAAGGCUUCCUGGGUCAAGAAUCACAUAACAGCAGUAGAUCUCCGAAAAAACUCAAAAUCGAAACUUUGAAGCUCAGCACUCGAGGCCCAUUCAACACAAACAUCUGUUUCAUACAAAACUUAUUUGAUUGUCAGCAGUGUGUAUAAUCAGGGGCAUUUCUGUGACGUUUUUUCUUAGCUCCGAGUCUCAAUAGCGCCAUCUAAUGUUUUUUUCUUUUCAAUAAAUGUAACUGGAAAGUACACUCAGCUUUCUGACCUACUUUGUGAAUAUGAUUUAUAUCAUUUUAUGGUCAUUUUUAAUUCUCGAACUUUUUACCUAAACACAAGUGAUGGUGAUUAUAUUAUUUUAUUAUAUUUACAAACUUAUAUUUGAGCUAUUUGAGGUCUGAAUGAGUCAAAUAUGCGUAUAACUGUAAAUAUAUAUUAUAACGAGUAUAACGGUGAAUUUGUGAUUUCUAAUUGUUCCUGAGAUAAUAAAGAACUUCUGCUUUAUCUUAUUACAGUUAUUUAAGAAAAAAAUAUGUCCAUACUUUUUAUAUUUUUUCUCCUGUCGCUAUCACAAAUCAGAGGCCUCGGCCUUUAACAUAAACAAAUUGACCACAUCUGUUACCAAUGACAUGUUUAUUUACAGCCACAGUUAUUCUCAACAGUGAUUCUCAAAGUUUUUUAUAAUUAAACACUUUAGAGGGCAUGAAUUUUAAAGCCCAAAAUCAAAUAGCAUAAAGUUCAAAAACAGAGAAAAUAAAAGUGUAGCUGUGUUAGGUGACCUAACUGAUUCAUUUAUAACCUGAUUG